CUUGUCGCGUUUGUAUUCCUCCGAUCUCUGCGCACGCAACCCUGCCUCUACUAUCAUCAUGCGCUUUCUGGAUACAAGGACCGGACAAUUCGUCGUGAGGGACCCUGAGAAGACGCGUUAUGCUAUUUUGUCGCAUACUUGGAGGACUUGGGAGCAGACGUAUGGGGAGCUGAAGAUCGUUCAGGCGCGCUACGGAGGUCCCGCUGGCACUGGCUACGCCUCGCCUCCUGCUUCCCCGUCCUCACAGUCCCACACAGUUCCCACGGAGACGGAUCUCUCUAUCUGGGAUGAUUCCGAGCUCUCACGGAAGAUCCGAGAUGCCUGCAGGGUAGCUCGCGAGGCCGGGUACGAUUACCUCUGGAUCGACUCAUGCUGCAUCGACAAGUCGAGCAGCUCCGAGCUCACCGAGUCGAUCAACUCGAUGUAUAAAUGGUAUGGCGAUGCAACGGAGUGCUAUGCCUACCUCGCCGACGUCCCUCCUGGCGAAGACCCUCGCUCUCCGAAGUCCAGUUUUCGUUCGAGCCGAUGGUUCGAGCGCGGGUGGACGCUCCAGGAGCUCGUUUCGCCCUCUGAAGUGAAGUUCCUCUCGAAUGACUGGAACAUCAUCGGAACCAAGCACAUCCUCGUUGACCUCAUCAGUGAGAUCACUGGCAUCCCUGACGAGGCCCUACUACACGAGAAGUCACUCGAUGAGUUCAGCGUGGCUCAACGACUCUCGUGGGCCGCAAACCGGACAACGACGCGGGUGGAAGAUCGGGCGUACUCGCUGCUGGGAAUCUUCGACAUCAAUAUGUCUACGCUGUAUGGCGAGGGCGAGCGAGCUUUCCGCCGGUUGCAAGAGGAGAUCCUGCGGCGCAUCCCGGACCAAAGCCUUUUUGCGUGGCAAGACGUGUACCAAGGUCCUGACAUGUCUGAACAGCCCAUCGCAGAUCAGGCGGAAUGCACGCUUCGAUGCUUAGAAUGGUCCCCAAGUGUCUUGCUUGCGUCGUCUAUGAACGACUUCAGUGCGGACAGUAGGGAUAUCCAAAUUGUUCCCCAUGCUGUACUUGACCGGCUCCAGCUCUCCAGCCUCUCAACAAUCGAGUACACCCCAAGUCCACAGGGUAUCCGCACACAAAUACCCCUCCUUCCCCUCUCUCGUUACUUCCCUCAGUCUGCUACAAUCGCGUAUCCGGACGGGAUUCCCCGAUCCCAGUGGUACCUCGCCAUCCUCGGCUGCGAGCACAAAUCCCGCCCCGGCUCUCUUCUAGGUCGCGUUUGCUAUAUCCCACCCUCUGGGACCGGCAUCGAUCUGUUGUGUUCCGGAUGUGUAGUAGUCUCACCCGCGCCAAGUCGCAGUGAUGAUCAGCCCGAUCUCUUCCCCUUGUCGUCGGCGACCAUUGAGCGUUGUCGGGAGCACAUCACGCUCAAAACAGUCUACAUCUCCCACCCGGAGCGUGCCAGCACACAGUCAGACACUAGGGACCCUCGCUAUCAGCCACACAAGACGAUCAAUCUAUUGCUGCGGAGGAAGACUGGCGAUGCUCUACGCGCCCAAGGGUACACGGCGGGAUUCCGAGGUCCAGAUGAGGACCACCCGACCACUCACUGGCUCACGCUUUCCUGCGACGACCACACGAUCACCGUCGAGUACCGGCAUACCCUGGAGUAUCACGGUCGGAGGUUGACGGUCGAGGCCGAUGUGAAGAUGUCGCGACCUGCUCUUGACGCGGCUGGGGAGAUCGAGGCGGAUCCUCGCUCCGUGAAGUGGUGGGGUUAUGCCCCGUGGAACAAGUUGCUUGACCGUACACAGGAAAUCACUUUCACCCUCGCGACGAAAAAGCUCGCCGUAAAGCUCAGCCUGGACUGGGCAGCGCUGUCGCACUACUCCCUACGCGUCGAUAUCGUCACCGAGGCGCUACUAGUCGAAUCGAGCCCGUCGCUCCAGCUUGCGCAGGGAACAGAUGCCUCGGGGUCGGGAGCGGGUGGCGAAGCGGAUAUCGGGGCCGAGGCUGGGACCAGCGAAGGCGGCGUCCUUCAGCCUGACGGUGAUGCGCUUCUUCCUAGGCAGUACUCGGAUGGCCCCCCGAGUCCGCUGGAGGCGCGAGAAGGAGAGGAGCAUGGAGCGGGCACGAAGGUGGGCGAGGAGGUCGAAGUCGAGCGGGAGGGCUGUGUAUGGGGAUGACGACCGCCUUACGAAGGACUUGACGGACGAGUACGACGGAUCGUUCUCUUGAGGUUCGUUCUUUGCGAUUUGUAAGUCUAUUUACCGUCAGCUCCUCUUGACUCGUAAACCAGCAUCGCCGAUGAGUGCAGUGUUGGAUUGAGAUAGAUCAAACUAUGUGACGACCUGUUGGGC